GACGUGCACGGUUUGGCGGAUAAUGGAAACAGUAGAGCAAGUUAGCCAAUUAAAGAGGCAGUUGUGAGUUGUGCGAGCCAGCAAGGGAACCUACUUGGUGAGGACGACGGUGUGAUAAGUGGAGGUGUGUGCGCGACCGCCCAUCCGGUUAGUGAGUACGUGCGAGUGUAUGCGUGAGAGCGCGCAAACAGUCAGUGCGGGAGAUAAGCGAGAGCGCGCACACGUUGUGAGUGCAUUGCUUCGUGGUGUUUAGGUAGACAGCGGUGUUGGUUAGGGUGUCGCUGUCGCUGCCGGUGUCGAUGUUUAAUGUCGGUGGAAGCUAUUGGACGACACAGGCAACUUCGUAAAUGUCAAGUGUAAUGCCACAAUCGCAAUUGCUUGCGCCUAUAAGCAGUAACAGCAACAGCAACAACGUAAGCGACAAACAGUUGGCGGAGAGUGUGAGUUGUGAGUGGUGAGUGAACGAGCGCGCGGAAAACGGAAACGGAAAGAACCAAAGCAGCGGCGAAAUACAUACACACUACAUAAGCAAUCAGAAUGUGUGUGUGUGUGUGCUAGAAAUGUAACGCGCGACUUUCGCAAAGCAUUCGCCGUCGUGAACGCUGCUGCAAUUCAUUGCACUGAUUGUGUUCGAGUGCUGAGUGAGCAAUAAAAAUCGCAAUCGAAUUGCAUUGAAAGGCGGGCGAGUGGUAAUUAUAAAUUUCACGUUACUUUAAAGGAGUUCGUGGCUUUAAUCAGUGUGCGAGUGACAAGCGAUGCGGAAAGUUCAAGUCGCUGCAAAUCGGUAAAUAUUUGUAAAUGUGCAGUGAAGUGAGCAAAUCACAUACAUACAUACAUACAUAUAUGGUAUGUUUAUAAGAUUUGCGUGUUGCUCUAGUACAAAGGUGCGAAAUAGUACAAUAGAAUUUCAGUGAAAACGAAAAAGUGCCAAAAUUGUUUACCACAUACAUAUGUAUUCAUACCUACAAGAGGCCAAAUUUGAUUAAACAAAAGGUUCAAACACGAAACCAAAUAUAAUUCAAAGAUCUGAGUGUGUACGGUGAUUUGCUUCGAAAGUGUAAAAUUAAAGUUUGUUUCAACUGCCAAAGAGUGAGCUUCAAAGAAAUAGACAGAAAGUGAGGAUAUGCGUGUAAAUCAAAAAUAUCGCCUGACGAGGUAUAUCUAAGAGUAACAGAAAGUGCAUAGAAUAAAUACAGUGUUGGCGAAAAUAUUUCACUUCAUGAUUUACAAGUGAUUUGGGAAUUUGAAUAAAAGAGUUGUGAAUAAAUGUCAAAAUCAAAAUAACUAAGGGAAAUUAUAUACCAAAUCGUACCAAAUCAGAGUUCAAAUUAACUAAUCGAUGAUUACAAUACUUUAAUCAAAAAAAGAAAAAGAAAAAAACUGUGAAACCGGAAAGUUUCCUGAAAACAGCACCAAGUCGGAGCAACUAGACUAAAGGCGGCUAAACCAAAUAAUAAUAACAAAUCCUAAGGCCGCGCGUAAAGGCAACCAAAACAAAGACAUGAGGACAAGUUGCCAUAUUCUUCUGCUUUUGCUUCUUUCACAUCUCGAUGCCACUUUGGCCGAGGUCUUCGACACACAUCUGCGCGGUCCCGGCUUCGUGAUGGAGCCGCCUGGACGUGUGGAAUUCUCCAACUCGUCUGGCGGUUGGCUCGACUGCUCGGCGUCCGGCAGCCCACAGCCCACCAUCGACUGGGUGCACGCGGACGGCACUGCAGUCUCGGAGAUACACGGCGUGCGACGCGUGCUGCGCAACGGCACGUUGGUGCUCUUACCAUUUCCGGCGGCGGCCUACCACCAGGACGUGCACAAUACGAUUUACCGUUGCAUCGCCAGCAACAGUGUUGGGCGCAUCGUGUCGCGCGACGUGCAAGUGCGUGCCGUUGUUGCGCAGGCAUACAAAGUGGAUGUCGAGGUGCUGUCUGCCGCCCGAGGAUGCACCGCCAUACUGCGCUGUGUCGUGCCGACGUUCGUUAAGGAGUUGGUGCGAGUGGUCUCGUGGGUUCAUGAACCUGCUAUCUACAUCUACCCAUCACUGCAAGGAGACGGCAAGUUCCACCUACUGCCGACCGGAGAGCUGCUCAUUCACAAUCUGCAGGAGAGCGAUGAAUCGCAGUCGUUUCGCUGCCGCAGCAUGCACCGUUUGACGCGCCAAGUGGUCGUCAGCUCGCCAACUCGUCUCAGGAUAAAUUCUCACCGUGGCAUCAUUUCACCGAGUGUCGUCGAACAUACUUCCCAUGUACAAGUUUCACAAGAUGAGGGUGCUGUACUGUUAUGCGUAGCUCAGGGUUGCCCAUCGCCGGAGUACAACUGGUACACCCACAACGGUCCCGGCCCACUGCCUGUGCUUAGCGGGCCGCGCGUUCGGCUGCUCGGUCCCAUACUCGCCAUUGAGGCGGUGACGAGCGAGGACUCGGGUGUCUAUAAGUGCACCGCCAGCAAUGUGGGCGGCGAAGCGAGCGCCGAAUUGCGGCUAACUGUUGCCACGCCCAUUCAAGUCGAGAUCUCACCGAACAUACUGAGCGUACAUAUGGGCGGCAACGCAGAGUUUCGCUGCAUUGUGACCAGCAACGGCAGUCCGGUUGGUAUGCAGAAUAUACUUUGGUACAAAGAUGGCCGACAAUUGCCCUCGUCGGGCCGCAUCGAGGACACACUAAUGGUGACGCGCGUGAGCCGUGAAAAUCGCGGCAUGUACCAGUGUGUGGUGCGGCGACCUGAAGGCGACACCUUUCAGGCGACGGCGGAGUUGCAACUAGGAGAUGCGCCGCCAGUGCUGCUUUAUAGCUUCAUCGAACAAACGCUGCAGCCGGGACCGGCUGUGAGCUUGAAGUGCUCGGCAGCCGGAAAUCCAACACCGCAAAUUUCAUGGACACUGGACGGAUUUCCACUCCCAUCAAACGGAAGAUUUAUGAUUGGGCAAUACAUCACUGUCCACGGCGAUGUAAUUAGUCACGUCAACAUUAGCCAUGUCAUGGUGGAAGAUGGCGGCGAAUACUCCUGCAUCGCGGAGAACCGUGCGGGGAAGGUGCAGCAUGCGGCACGUUUAAAUAUUUAUGGUCUACCCUACAUCCGCCUCAUACCGAAAGUUACUGCCGUGUCGGGUGAAACCCUAAACUUGAAGUGUCCCGUGGCUGGCUACCCCAUCGAAGAGAUACAUUGGGAGCGCAACGGCCGCGAACUACCAGAUGAUAUCCGGCAACGCGUGCAGCCGGACGGCUCGUUGACCAUCACACCGGUGCAGAAGAACACGGAUUCGGGCGUGUACACAUGCUGGGCGCGCAACAAGCAGGGCCACAGUGCGCGGCGCAGUGGCGAAGUCACAGUCAUAGUUCCUCCUAAAUUGAGCCCUUUCCAGACAUCGAUUCUACAGCUAAAUAUGGGCGACCGGGCAUCGCUCACCUGUUCGGUGGUGAAAGGUGACCUGCCACUGACCAUCUCCUGGCGGAAGGACAACAGGCCGAUCGAUCCGACGCAGCAUAUGUCCGUGAAGCAGGUGGACCAGUACAACAGCAUAUUGGUCAUCGAAACGCUGGGCUCCGAUCACACCGGCAACUACUCGUGCGUCGUGCGCAAUUCAGCAGCCGAGGUAGAGAACUCUCAAGCGCUGCUGGUCAAUGUGCCGCCACGCUGGAUUGUUGAGCCGGCCGAUGCAAAUGUGGAACGCAACCGCCACAUCAUGUUGCAUUGUCAGGCGCAGGGCGUGCCAACGCCUAGCAUCGUUUGGAAGAAGGCUACAGGUAGCAAGUCGGGAGAGUACGAGGAGGUGCGUGAACGACCUUUCACCAAGCUGCUAAGCAAUGGCUCACUGCUGCUGCAACACGUCAAGGAGGAUCGUGAGGGCUUCUAUCUGUGCCAAGCGAAUAACGGCAUUGGCACCGGCAUCGGAAAGGUUAUACAAUUAAAAGUUAACUCCUCGCCGUACUUCUCAUCCACUUCACGCUCGGUAAUGGUGAAAAAAGGUGACACAGCACUGCUGCAAUGCUCUGUCAGCGGUGACAAACCGAUUAAUAUCGUUUGGAUGCGUUCGGGCAAAAACACACUGAAUCCAUCUACAAAUUACAAAAUUUCGGUGAAGCAGGAGGCCACGCCCGACGGUGUUUCUGCAGAGCUGCAGAUACGGAUGGUGGAUGCAAGCGAUAGUGGACCGUAUUUCUGUCGCGCCAGCAAUCUGUAUGGCAAUGAUCAGCAGUUGGUGCAGCUGCAAGUGCAGGAGCCACCGCAACCGCCCACUGUGCUGGAGGCGGCCAUGAUAUCCAGCCGUUCGGUGAAUUUGAAGUGGCAGCCGAAAAGCGUGAACACAGCGGACAUCUCCAAAUAUAUUGUGGAAUUCAAGGAAAUGGACCCGCUCUUCAUUGAGCAAUGGCAGCAUGUCGAGGUAAAAGAUCCACCCACCUACACAGCCCUGAUUGAAAAUUUAAAGCCCGCCACCCGUUACUCCUUUCGAGUGAUAGCCGAGGGCACCGCUGGACGCAGCGCUCCCAGCCAAGAGUUGGUGGUCCGCACCGAGCCACAACGGCCGGCUGGGCCACCACUCAAUCUCUCCGUUCGUCCGUUGUCUUCCACAGAAUUGCUUGUCAGUUGGUUGGCGCCGCUGGUCGAACUGCGUCAUGGCGAUAUACAAGGUUACAACGUCGGCUACAAGUUGGCCAGUUCGGGUAAUUCUGCUUACAAUUUCACCUCGGUAUCCGGUGACGGCGAUGGCGGCACCGGUGAACUCUUGCUGAGUGGCCUACAGAAAUUCGCGCGCUACAAUGUGGUUGUGCAAGCGUUCAAUCAGGUGGGGCCCGGCCCUCUUUCCGAACCGGUGUCGGCGCAAACCAUGGAGGAUGUGCCAAGUCGACCGCCCGAGGAUAUCCGUUGCGCAGCGUUGACCUCGCAAUCGCUACAAGUUUCCUGGCAACCGCCACCGAUAUAUCACACCAACGGACUAUUGCAGGGUUAUAAACUCAUUUUCGAGCCCAUUCUAGAUGACUUCUCACUCAACAAGGACGAAGUUGAAUCACGCAAGACAACCGCGCUGACCACGGUGCUGACGGGCUUACGCAAAUACACCAACUACAGUAUUCAAGUGUUGGCGCACACACGCAUGGGUGACGGUGCUCUAUCCAACCCAUUGUACUGUCAUACCGAGGAGGAUGCGCCAGAAGCGCCCGCAGACAUUAAGGUGGUCGUUAGCACGCCACAAUCUUUGUAUGUGUCGUGGCUGCCACCAACAGAGCCGAAUGGGGUCAUCACAAAAUUCAACUUGUAUAUGCGUGUGGUAAAUGGCCGAGAGGAAUUGAACAACGAAAAACGAAGCCUGCCGUCGCAGCAAGUACACUUUGAGGCGAAGAAUCUGCAUCCACACAUCGAGUAUCAGUUUUGGGUGACCGCAUCAACGCGUGUCGGUGAAGGCAAGAGCUCACGUGUUGCAUCGCAAAUCACAACGAAUCGUGUGCCUGCGCGCAUUGUCUCAUUCGGCGGUCCCAUAGUGCGACCAUGGCGUUCAACGGUCACAUUGCCCUGCACGGCGGUGGGCAAGCCGAAACGCGAGUGGUACAAAGCGGAAACGCCACUGCGGCAAGGUGGUAUGCACAAUUCACAGUUACUCGACUCGGGCGACCUAAUCAUUUCGAGUUUGCAAAUUUCGGAUAGCGGCAACUACAGUUGUCAAGUGGACAAUGGCAUCGGCACCGAUCGUCUCACGCACGUGCUGCUUGUGCAGGUGCCGCCGUCGGCGCCGGUGCUUUAUGUGACCAGCGCAACUUCCAGCAGUAUUCUGAUGCACUGGAAGUGCGGAUUCACCGGCAAUGCACCCAUCACUGGCUACACGCUCUUCUAUCGGCGCGCCAACAGCAAUAUGGAUGAGAUGCUGCUGUCGCGUCACGCGUCAAGCCACGAGCUGAAGGGGCUGGUUUGUGGCAGCACUUAUCAAAUUCAUUUGACUGCUCACAAUAAAGUGGGCACCUCACCGGCCAGCAUAACUCUACACGUGCGCACUCAAGGCCAGUCACCAGGUAUGCCUUCGACUACGAGCUUGAUUGCGCCCAACUCCACUUCGGUAUUGGUGCGGUUGCACACUUGGCCAGACAAUGGUUGCCCCAUUCUGUACUUUGUUCUACAAUAUCGCCCGGUUACUGAUGAGGCAGAGCGCGACUGGAUACUGGUAUCCAACGCAUUGAAACCGCAACGUCGUUUCACCAUUUCCGGUCUGCAACCAUCGACUCUCUACCAGCUCCGCAUGGAGGCGCACAAUGUGGCCGGCGUAUCACAAGCCGAGUUCACAUUCGUCACUCUCACCAAGGAUGGGGAGCAGCCACCGCCGGAGAUUGUACAGCGCGGCCAACGCGGCUCGAAUGUUUUCUAUGGCAAUGUGAAUCUAUUGAUACCGAGCAUCGCCACGUUGUCUGGCAUGAUUUGCACAAUUGCGCUGGUGGUCAUGUGCUAUCGACACAAGCAAGGUAACCGCAUACAAAAGGAAUUACUGGAAAAUCGGCAGAACUCAGAGGCUGCGCAACGGGAACGCUAUUAUGCCACCAUUCAUAAAGUGUCCAUGCAGAAUAACGACAAAAUACCAGAGACAUCCGAGGAUAUUUCACCGUAUGCCACGUUUCAAUUAUCCGAGACGGGAAACAUGUCACAGCCACAUCACGCCGGCCCGGCUAAUACGCUUUUGCAUUCCUUCAUGUACCAUGAGCGUGCUCUGACCGAGGGCUGCUCGUCACCACCACCCGCAGCGUCCUCGAAGAACCGGCGACGCCACUCGCGCAAAACGGAGCCGGAGAGCGAAGAGUCCGAAUCGGAUCAGGAUCAAUUGACCUCAAGCCGCACAGAGUCUUCCAAUCAGCACGAGGGAAAAAUCAAGCACAGUAUCAUCUACCAUGGAGCACAAUCAAGCACAUCCUCAGAUCUCUCACCAAUGUCCGAACAAAAGUCAUUGCCACGUCGCGGUCGCUCAAGAGCUGGAGGUGUACGCACCCUGCAUCCGUUGCAGCUGCAGGCUGAAUGCACCGUAAUGCCCAGCAGCGGAUUCCACCAGCUGCCCGUCGAGACCGAGCGCAUCGAGCUGUCCGAGGUGGAGUGCGAUGUAGACACACUGAAGAAACUGAAAUUGGGUAUGCGCUCGACGUUGUGGUCGAGACCGUCGUCGACCACUUCACAGCUGCAGCAAAAACAACAGCAACAACAGGAGACGCGCUGCGUGCAGCCACCGCCGCAAAAGACCCAACAACAUGCUCAGCCGGCACAGCAGCAGCAGCAACAACAACCACAACAGUCGCGACAACAACACUCGCCGGCACCGGCCCAACAAAAAUUGCUGAGCGAGAAGUCCGAUUACUCGAUAUCCGUGUGAGAUUAGAAGUUGCAGCAGUUUUAAGGUUGUGGCGCACACAGUGGCCAAGUGGUCACACGCCACACAUAAAAGGGUUUGCUGCUCCAUUAACGGUAAAUUGAUUAAUUUACUGGAAAUGUGUGUCAAAUAUCGGUGUUUGGUGAAUACCUCUAGUCGGGCACUUUCAACUGACCGGAGGGGUCCCGAACGAGGUAUAAAUACCAGUAGUGAAUGAGAAUGUUGAUGUUGUUGUUUUACAUAAAUGCAUAGAUAUAUCAUCCCUAACGAACUUCCCACGCGUUAAGAGUACCCCAUUUGUAAGAACCUUUGUCUCCCACGAAAUUGUCACCCCCUCUCUUUUUCUCGCUGGAAACUCAACUCUGCACACGCCCACAAAGGAAUACAGAUGAAUUUAAACUUUCGGACAAUCAAUCAAAAUUUCUACAAGACUUAAAAUAAUAUAUACACACGAACACACACAUACACGCACGCAAACAUUUUACCCAUGUUUUGGUGAUGACGCAUGUAAAAAUCAUUCCCACAUCCCCCUGAAUGCUUAACCAAAGUCUCAAACCAAACGCCCUCCCCACCACCUACCCAGCGUUUAGUUACUCUUUGUAUGUGUUGGUUAAUAUGUUAGUCAGUAAGAACUUGAGUCAACUUGAGGUUGUAAGUGCGAGGUUUUAUAUAAAUACCUGCUUGUGUGUCCGAUAAAGUCAGAGGUAAGUCAGCAUCACUGUUUAGGAUUAAGGAGCAUACCAAAGCCGAUCAAAUGGAACGAAAUUAGAAAAUAAAGUGUAAAUAAACAUUACUAGUUGGAAACCACGUUAAUUGUAUAUAUGUAUGCGAAUUCAUAUUGGUAUAAUUUUUUAAAAUAGCGAGGAGUUGGCCUCAAGAUUUAGGAAUCAUAAGGUUGUUUAAAGCUGGCUGCCCAGCAAGACGGCGCUAGAGCACGCAUGCUAUGCCAAACAGUUCGAUGCUGCCCACUCUCUCGAAGCCAACUGCUCGUGAGCAUUUACUUUUGUGUUUGUCAUAAACUUAACUGUUUAUAUUUGUAUUUGUAAUUGUGUAUAGAUUAUAGGUUAAGUAAUGAGAUUUUAAUGGAGAGCAUAUUGUUUGUAAUCAUUUUUAUACUGACUGAUGUUACAAAAGUAAGUUAUUGACAUACAAUACGAUUAACUAAAUGCGCGUAUAUUACUUUAGAAGAGCAGUAUGCAUUGCGGUACUUGCCGCUAUCUCACUCUAACAGACUACUAUUUACCGUAUAUCAAGUAAUACUCAAUACUCAUAUUUUUACCAGUCGAAAUUCAGACAACAACUACUCGUUACUCGUAACACGUUAGACAAGUUUCAAUAUGAUGAUUUAUGGGCAUACGGAGAACUACUAGGGUCCUCAUUUACAUAUACUUGUAUAUUAUUAUUGUAUUUGCUUUGAUAAUAAGUAUUGAUGGAAUGUGGAACCUUACAUUCAGUAUGUACAAAAUAUUGUAGAUAAAUAUAAAAAGUAGUCAUUACUUAUUGUUAAUGGAAGAGAAUUUUAAAUUUUGAGCGCAAGUUGAAAACGAGCAAAAAGUAUUAACAGAAUUGCAUUUAUUUAUAACAGUAUUCACACAAGCAAUGUUUAUACUUCAAUAUUCGAUGAACCUCAAGUUUCGGAAUUCUUAAAAGAAAAACAAAACAAAAAAUCAUAAACAAAAAAUAUUACAUUUUUAUAAAGCAAAUCAAACUCGCAUAAUGCUGGAGAUAAAAGAGAGCAGCAUUGUGUCAAUUUAAUACACGAAAAAUUGAGAACGUUCUCUCCGAAAAAAAUACAAAAAAAAUCAAAAAUUAUAAUAAUAAAUAAAUAAGAAGAAGUACAUAAACGAUUUCUUGAAUAUUUUUAUUUUGUCAUAAGAACAUUUCGGAAACCAUGUGCCAAAUUCAAAAUUUAUGAAACAAAAUACAAAUUUAAAAAUUUAAAUAAAUCAUAAGCAUAAUUGUAAGCAUAGACUCUAGCUAGUAAAGCAUAAAUAACGAAAUACAAGGUAUCCAAAAUUAUGCGAAUAAAGUCUGUAGUUUUGUAAAAAAAUCUGUAUUUUUUAGCAUAAAAAAAGAGAUUCAAAUAUUAACCAAAAUACUAAAUAAUCAAAAUCGUGCAAAAUUUAUGCGCGAAAAAUGAGUAAAUGAAAUCAAAAAUGCGCGACAACAAAUAAGAAGGUGAGGAAAGCGAGCAAAAUGAGGAAAGGCAAGCAACUGUUCGAACUGCUCCGUCUGAACUGGGCCAAAUUCGCAUGAACGCCCAAAAGUAGGCAACACUAAAUUUGCUCACAAAACUCAGUUAGCUUGCAAUUAGCACAGUCUAGCAUACGGCGGUUAUACUUCUAGAGUUACUUGCGUUCUUACACGCGCGGUGCUCAAGCCAACGAACCAAAUCGUAAUCAAAUAACAACAACAAAUAAAUGAAUAAGUGACGCCGAGAAUUAUGAGAAAACUAUUAUCAAUUAAACAUAAACUAAGUAGUGAAGUAUCUUUCGAAAUUCAGCUAAAUACAGUUACUCGUAGGUAUAUAUAUAUACAUAUAUGUAAUUACAACAAUAUUGUCUGAUAUAACAUAUGAAUGUAAAUAUAUUUAUUUCCGAAACUCUUAAUGUUUAGACGUAAACAAUAGAACGAACUCAGCUACAGUCCGAGCGCGGGUUACAGCGUGUGCCAAAAAUACUGCUAUACUUUCAACCAAUACUUUGCAAACACCCACAACUAACUAACCCGAAAUACAAUACAAAAACAAAAAUAAAAACAACUGCAAACAAAAACCGACAAAUAUAUUAAGAGAGAAA